GUGGACUCUUGUAAGCCGGUAGUUGGGGGUGCCCAGGGGCAGCCGUAGUGGGAGUGAACGUGGACUCGCUUCGUAUAGUUGAAGCUUGCUACAAAAGAUGGCAGAUCCAGAUGUUCUCACCGAAGUUCCAGCAGCAUUGAAGAGGUUAGCCAAGUAUGUGAUCCGGGGGUUUUAUGGCAUUGAACAUGUGUUGGCCUUGGACAUCUUGAUCAGGAAUCCCUGCGUGAAAGAGGAAGAUAUGCUGGAGCUGCUCAAGUUUGAUCGGAAGCAACUUCGAUCUGUUUUGAAUAACUUAAAGGGAGACAAGUUCAUCAAAUGCAGAAUGAGGGUAGAGACUGCUGCAGAUGGCAAAACCACUCGCCAUAACUACUACUUUAUCAAUUAUCGUACUCUUGUUAAUGUUGUUAAGUACAAAUUGGACCACAUGAGAAGGAGGAUUGAAACUGAUGAGAGAGAUUCCACCAACCGGGCUUCCUUUAAAUGUCCUGUCUGUAGUAGUACUUUUACAGACUUAGAAGCUAAUCAGCUCUUUGAUCCUAUGACAGGAACUUUCCACUGUACUUUUUGCCAUACAGAGGUAGAAGAGGAUGAAUCAGCAAUGCCCAAAAAAGAUGCUCGCACACUUUUGGCAAGGUUUAAUGAACAAAUUGAGCCCAUUUAUGCAUUGCUUCGGGAGACAGAGGAUGUGAACUUGGCCUAUGAAAUACUUGAGCCAGAACCCACAGAAAUCCCAGCCCUGAAACAGAGCAAGGAUCGAGCAGCAACUACUGCGGGAGCUGCUGGCCUGGCAGGGGGGCACCACCGGGAAGCAUGGACCAGCAAGGGCCCUUCCUAUGAGGACUUAUACACGCAGAAUGUUGUCAUUAACAUGGACGACCAAGAAGACGUUCAUCGAACCUCACUGGAAGGAAAAUCUGCCAAAGAGAGGCCUAUUUGGUUGAGAGAGAGUACUGUUCAAGGGGCCUAUGGUUCUGAGGACAUGAAGGAAGGUGGCAUAAAUAUGGACACAUUCCAGGAGCGAGAGGAUGGCCGGGCUGGGCCUGAUGACAACGAGGAAGUGAUGCGAGCACUCCUCAUUCAUGAGAAGAAGACUACCUCCGUGACAGCUGGCUCAGUGGGGACAGCGGCUCCUGUGACUGCCGCCAAUGGCAGUGACUCAGAGAGCGAGACCAGCGAGUCAGAUGAUGACUCUCCACCCCGACCUGCUGCUGUGACUGCCCGUCGGGAAGAAGAUGAAGACGAGGAUGAUGAGUUUGAGGAAGUAACAGAUGACCCAACUGUCACAGUGGCUGGCCGUCCUUUCUCCUAUAGUGAAGUGAGCCAGCGGCCAGAGCUUGUGACCCAGAUGACACCAGAAGAGAAAGAAGCAUACAUAGCAAUGGGACAGCGCAUGUUUGAGGACCUCUUUGAGUGAGCUUUCCCUACCUUUCCUUCCUGUCUGUAAUGCUCAUUUCCAAAAGACACCCCCACCCUUGAAGAAAAGUGUAAGUGGUUUCCUCUUCCUCUUCAUGUGAAGAAUACUUGUUAAUGUAGCACAAAAGAAAAUGGGAAAGUGAUUUUUUUCAUGCUAGAUAUUUCUUACCAAGGUAGUUGGCUGUAAGAAUUCUCUUUCCUGCCAUCACUACAGUAUUAUUAUUUUGCUGUAUUUUCUUGUGUUUCCUUUUCUAAUGUUUUUAUUUUAACUUUUUAAGAUACAUUUUUCUCCCUCUGAAAUACUUGGGCACAUCCAUAGGUCAUUUCUUCCUAACUACAGAAACCUACCACAAUGAGUUACAGUAAUUCAGUAGUGCCAUCUUUUUUAUCUGUUCUGACCAAACCUGUCAACAAUUUCUUAUAUUGCUACCAACCAAAGUAUCUUGCCAAUAGGCAAACCUCUGAUUAAGGAAAGUAAUUCCUAAUAUUUAAUCUUUUCCCCCAAAUUAAGGUUAGGCUCAAUGUGUAAGGGGAAGUGACUUGUAUACACAGGAUAGACAUGUCCGAAUCUUAGGAUGUCUAAACCAGAAUUAGUGUCUUUACAACUGAUGAGAUAGGUCAAUUCUGUUAUUUUGAAUGCUAGAAAGCAAAAAUAUGCUUGGUA